AUGCUCUCGCGCCUCUCCAUAGUCGCAAACCACCUCAAGCAUACUCACAAAGGGAUGUCUAACUCCGCAGAUCCCUUCAAGCGGCCAAUCCACACGGCCGCCUGUCUAAUAAUUGGCGACGAAGUUCUCAACGGAAAGACAGUCGACACCAACUCCCCCUACUUCGCCCGCUUCUGCUUCGACCUCGGCAUCGAGCUCAAGCGCAUCGAGGUCAUCUCCGAUGACCAAGACCAGAUCGUCGAGGCGGCCCGCCGCAUGAGCGCCAACUACGACUUUGUCGUCACCUCCGGCGGCAUCGGCCCCACCCACGACGACAUAACCUACUCGUCCCUCGCCGCGGCCUUCGGGCUCCCCCUGCGCCUGCACGACGAGACCUUCCGCCGCAUGCGCCUCCUCUCCAAGCACAAGGUGCCCUUCGACUGGGACACGCCCUCGCCGACACGGACAGCGCGCCUGCGCAUGGCGGAGCUGCCGGCCGGCGACAAUGUGCGCAUCGUGUAUGUGAGCGACGACACAUGGGUGCCUGUCGCUAUUAUCAACUACAACAUACAUGUGCUGCCGGGGGUGCCGAGCAUCUUUGCGAGCCAGCUGGAUGGCAUGAAGAAGCUGUUUGAGGAGGAGAAGAGGACCGAGGGGAAGAAGCUCGUCAGGGUGCUGAUUAGCACGGCGCUGCCCGAGAGUGAGGUUGCGGAGUACUUGACGGAGCUGCAGGAGAAGGUGGGGGCGAAGGGGGUCAAGGUGGGGAGUUAUCCGAGAUGGGGGAAGGAUCAUAAUACGGUUACCCUUGUGGGGAAAGACGAGGCCUAUAUCGAGAGCCUGGUCAAGGAGGUGGAAGAGGGCGUUAAAGGCACCAGAAUCACCGUCGAGGGCGAAGACGAGCCAGAGGAGCCCAAAGAGGAGAUCAAAGAUGGGAACAUAGAGCAGGCAAAGGCCGCAGACGUUAAGGACGCCGAGGCAAAGUAG